GGAGGGAGAUUUCAGGCAAGCAUCUCUACACCGCUGGGGCACAGCGCAUCUCUACGCCUCCGUUGUCUCCCGCCGCUGGUGCCCCGCACAGCCUAUGGACGGCCCUGCCUAGGAACUCGCAGUCCCGUCGGGUCUCUGCCGGGGCGGGGCUGAGCCCUCCCCCAGGGGCGUUCCUGCGGCUCUGCUUUGUUUCGCUCAGCCCAGUCUAGCUCGGCCGGGCAAACAGGAGGACGUGUGAUUGACACGGACCAAAGUUAUCCCGGAAUAAACACAGCACGCAUGUGCAAUCACACCGGAUGUGAACAUGCCCACUUUGCUCCCCUUUCCUUGUCUCUCUCUCUCAGCUGGGAGUUCGCAACCGUGCCGAGCCGUGCCAAACCGGUCCAAGCAAAAGAGAAAAGAGGCAGAGAGGAAGGGGGAGGAUAAAGGCUAUUCCCCCCCCCCGCACCCCUCUCCCCAGCACAGCUCCAACUGAACAAAGCUUUAGGCGCCAGUAAUGCCAUUACUACACUGAACCGGGUCAAAUCCGUUCCAGCCGCGAACUUGAGGCUUUUCUAAGAGGCUUGAGUACGAUUUGCCUGGCUUGCUGCUUCGUUCCAGUUAUUUUCUCCCUAAUGCACCCCUUUUGCCUCGGAAAUCUUUUGGUUUUGUUGUAGCCGUAGGGGGAUCGAGAGCUCAGGAAAGCAUGGAUUUCCGAGGGAAGAAGUACGAACGGGGCAGUAACUGGUCAGAUCCGGAGGUGGUGGAGCUGCUGCAUUUGUGGGCUGACGAAUCGGUGCAGGCGGAGCUGGAGAGCUGCCUGAGGAACCAGCACGUCUUCAACAGGAUCGCCGAGGUGCUGCGGGACAAGGGCAUCCACCGCACAGGCGACCAGUGCCGGGAGAAGAUCAAGAAAAUGAAGCUGGAGUACCGUCGGAUCAAGGACAACAACAAGGCCCCCCGAGGAGGCAGGACUUGGAAAUUUUACGAGGUGAUGGAUCGGGUGCUGGCUAGCCGGCCUUCCCUGUCCUACAGCGCUGUCAACAACAGCGGCCUGAUGGCUCAGCAAGUGCUCCAGGGAAGUAUGAUGGACGGCUACCAUCACCACUUGGGCGCUUCCGCGCUGUCCUUUGCCCAGUCUCAGCCCCCGGAGUUGAUGGAGAUCAAGUGCGAGGAGGUGGAUUCAGAGGACCAGUGUUUGACGCCUGAGCCUCCACCCUCUCUCACUUAUCAGCAGGUGGGCUCUGCUGAGGAGCAUGAGGUAGAAAGGGCCUUUUUGGAUAGGUCCCAGAAUGACUCUCCCAUCUCCAGGGUGGAGAUCCCCAUUGAGACCAGUGUCUCACCUUCAGGUUUCAGUGAGCCCAACAUGGCUUCUUCAUCACGGAUCCAAAAUCUGGGGCCACGGCCAGGUUUUUCCACUUUGCACCGCCUGCGGAAAAAGCGGAAAGCCCAACGGCUGAAAGACCCCUUGGAUGAGCUCCUGCUGAAGACUCUUACAGCCCAGCGGGAAAUGGAGGAGCGCUUUCUGCAGAUGGAAGAACGUCGUCUGCAGCGAGAUCUGGAAGUGGAAGAACGGCGGAUACAGUUGGAGCAGCGACGUUUUGAACUGGAACGGGACCAUGAGUUCCGCAUGUUCAAUGUCUUUGCCCAAAUGCUCAGCAUCUUAAAGCAGAGCAACAAUAGCUCCUCAGCAAGUGGGCUGCCUCAGGGUGUGGACUUUAGCCAGGCAUUUUCUGAUACUGCAGGAACAGGUGAAGGGGGCCAACAGGAAAGAAGAACCCCACGGUUAGGGCAACCAAUAACGGCUAGAGCAACGGACAGGAUAACCAAUGCAUACAGUUUCUGUAACUAUAGUGAUUUCCAAAGCAGCCCAUACCUCUCUGUCCGAGGCAACAUUGCUAACAUCUUCCGUGGCUCCACAGAAGACGGGUACAAUGCCUAUCAUGCUGACAAGUACGAUGAAGACAAAAAUCCCAGUGGCAUCAUUAACUUUGGCACCAGUGAGAACAAACUCUGCUUUGAUCUGAUGUCCAAGCGGCUGACACAAAGUGACAUGAACCUUAUUGAGCCUCCAUUGCUACAGUAUCCAGACUGGAAGGGCCAUUUGUUCUUGCGAGAGGAAGUGGCUCGCUUUUUGACCUAUUACUGCAAGGCACCUGCACCUCUCAAAGCAGAAAAUGUCAUUGUGCAGAAUGGCUGUGGCUCUCUGUUUUCUGCUUUAGCUACAGUUCUCUGUGAUCCAGGGGAAGCCUUCCUGAUUGCCACCCCGUUUUAUGGGGGUAUCACUCAAAGUGUGUUUCUUUAUGGGAAUGUCAAGCUGGUCUAUGCCUAUUUAGACAGUCAGGUCACUGGUGCAUGCACCCGUCCUUUCCAGCUCACUGUAGAUAAGCUAAAGAAGGCAUUGCAGGAUGCACAGUCAGAGGGUACCAGAGUCAAGGCUUUAAUUCUCCUGAAUCCACAAAAUCCCUUGGGGGACAUCUAUUCUCUCUCAGAGUUGCAUGACUACUUAGAAUUUGCAAAAAGGCAUGAGUUACAUGUGAUUGUAGACGAGAUCUAUAUGCUGUCGGUUUUUGAUGAUUCUGCCACAUUUCACAGUGUGCUGGAAAUGGAAAGAUUACCAGAUCCUCAGAGGACCCAUGUGAUGUGGGGGAUUAGCAAGGAUUUUGCUGUCUCUGGGAUUCGGUUUGGAACCCUGUACACAGAGAACCAAGAUGUUGCCAGUGCUGUUACAUCCUUGUGUUACUUCCAUGGGGUCUGUGGGCCUGUCCAAUAUAAAAUUGCCCAGCUACUCAGAGACAGAGACUGGAUCAACCAGGUGUACUUACGGACCAACCAUGACAGGCUGAAAGCUGCCCAUACUUUUGUGACAGAUGAGCUCAAGACCCUUGGGGUUCCUUUCCUCAACCGCAAUGCAGGCUUCUUUGUAUGGAUUGACUUCCGAAAGUACCUGAGGAGAGGAACAUUUGAGGAGGAAAUGCUGCUCUGGAGGCGCUUCUUGGAUAACAAGGUCCUGCUUUCCUGUGGUAAAGCCUUUGAGUGUGGCGAGCCCGGCUGGUUCCGCAUUAUCUUUGCUGACAAGCUACACCGGCUGCAGCUAGGCAUGCAAAGGGUCCGCGAGGUCCUAGAAGAACACGAGCAUGAAAUGCUGAAUGAAGAUAAAGACCAGUCUUGCCAGUCUGACUCAGAGGGCAAAGCAGACAGCACAGACGAAGUGAUCUUUGUUUCCCACCACCAGGAACCAGCCUCAGCUGGUGGCUCCAACCUUGGUGAUCUUAUUGGCCUCUUGCAGCAGCAAAUGCGCUCCUCUGACUGGCUGCAGAAGAAUACAGUGGAGCAGUUUGCACAGGAGAAGCCAGAAAUCUAUGAUGUUUUCAGCAAGUUGGUGGGGAAACAGUAGAAAGCUCUGGUGCAUCUAUGCAGGGACGGUCACUGGAGCUCCUCAUUGCUCGGCUUUGACUUAUAGCCAAGGAUAUAUUUUCUAUAGGACAGGAACCAAUUUUUGUAAAGCUCCUUCCUUAGCCAUCCUCUCAUCACUGAAAGGGAUUGGGUCCAUGAAUCGAGGGGUGCCUUUUACUCUGCCUCUAUCUCCUGUAUUGUAUUCUUUCUCUAUAUAUUUUAUAAUGAACAGGCUUGUGCUUUCA